ACCUCGGGUUAAGUGAAUAGAAAAAGGUGUUCCUAGUGGACUGACUGACUUCCCGGUUUUUUGUUCGUACUUUUCUGCAAACAUGACCCAUAAACCAUCGAAGGGCCCUCGUCUGGGCGUUCGGCAUUUGCAGUCGUUUCUGCUCUUUUUGGGCUUGACUGUAAUGCACAUUGCGCGCUUAAAUGUGAGCGUGGCCAUUGUGGCCAUGACCAAUGCGGCUACCACGAAUCCCAAUUUCCCGGAAUACGAAUGGAAUGAGAAGCAGAAGUCGUACAUCCUCUCCAGCUUCUACUGGGGUUACAUCCUCACGCUUUGUCCUGGCAGCUUCCUGUGUCGCCGUUAUGGCGCCAAAGUGGUUCUAUUUGUGGCCAGUUGUGGCACCGCUGUUUUCAGCCUGAUGACGCCGUGGUGCAUCUCCUGGGGUGGAUGGCAAGUAUUCUGCGCCAUUCGGAUUCUCCAAGGAUUAUUCCAGGGUGUGAUCUUUCCCUGCGUCACCGAACAUUUGGCCAUGUGGUCGCCUCCAGAGGAGAGGAAUCGCCUUGGUGCCUUUAGUUACACGGGCACAGAUUGCGGCACAGUUUUGGCCAUGUUCAUAAGUGGCAUGAUUGCCAAGGGAGCGAUGGGCUGGCCAGGAAUAUCCUAUGUUUCUGGUUCUCUCUGCGCUGCUUGGUGCUUCCUCUGGUUGAUCUUCGCCUCCAACAAUGCCACGGAAUCCAGAUUUAUUGGCGAAGCCGAAUGCAAGUAUAUUGAAUCCUCGCUGGAACACAACGAAGACUUCCACGAUCGCACGAUACCAAUUCCUUGGAAGGCAAUCUGGACUUCGGUGCCUUUUGUGGCUCUCCUGAUAACUCGUUGUGCGGAAACCUACGGAUUGAGCACUUUGCAGGCUGAGAUUCCCUCCUACAUGAACGGAGUGCUCAACAUGGAGAUCCAGAGCAAUGCGGUCUUCUCAUCGCUGCCAUUUUUGGCCAUGUGGCUGUUGUCCUAUGUCUAUUUGGUGGCUGCCGAUGUCCUGCUCAAGAAGAAAUUCCUUUCUCUUACUGCCGUACGAAAGGUGUUCAACACGAUAUCUUUUUGGAUCCCAGCAGCUGCUCUAAUUGGCAUUGGAUUCCUUGGUGAGGAGAACAAGAACCUGGCCAUCGUUCUGAUGACUGUUUCGGUGGGCGUUAAUAGUGGCGCAACAAUUGGCAGUUCCCUGAACUCGAUCGAUCUGUCGCCCAAUCACGCUGGUAUUUUGAUUGGCCUGAGUAAUACGGUGGCGAACGUUAUUCCCAUCCUCACACCACUGAUUGCCGGAGAGAUCGUAACCGAUAAGCACAAUCGCGGGCAAUGGCAGAUCGUUUUUGGACUGGCAGCCGUCAUUUUCUUUGUGGGCAACGUUGUCUUCAUCAUUUGGGGAACCGCCAAGGCGCAACCAUGGGAUGCAGAUGACUAUCUCAGGCCCAAGGACAUGGAAUCCGCGAAGGAGAAGGAUAAGGAGAAGUCUCCUCCCCACGAAGUUGCCCCACCAAUCGAUCCUGUUUUGGAGCAGCAAAUCAGUUGGCCGGAGAGGUAUACGGCAAAAGCCAUCGAGUGAUUUGUGGCGGAAGUCGUCCGCCCAUAACAAUUGCUUUUGUUAAUCAGUAUUAACCAUAAGUAGGCUGUAAUUUAUAUUUAUUCUAUUUAUAAGGCGUGACCGUUGCGCCGAGGCUUAAGUAAAUUAUUAUUUUUCAAUCGAAUCGCUUUGUUCUUGUUACCAAUCGCUCGUGAUUUCGGCACUCGAAUCGAGGAAGAGCCCGAUCGCCCGACGCAAUCUAAUCUGUUAAUUUAUCUUAUAAAUGUAUAUAAGUACCCAUAUUUAUAUUGGAUUGGGGGCUCAUGCGACCAAUUGUCAAUCGCUGGAGCUAGAGAGUUGAGUGCUUUGCACCGCCCAGCUAGAUGGGUUCAAAAACAUUUGCCACAGCUGUUUGUGAAUUUAUAUAAAAAUUGUGAUA